UCCUUUCAGGUGAGAUGUCAGAAAAGCUGAACAGAUGCCGUAAGGAGCUAACUGCAGCUAUUGACAGAGCAAUGGAAGACCUCUUUGUUCCUUUCCCCCCCUCCCCAGAUUCCACCACUGAUCAGAACUUUGACUUGCAGACAGCACGGCCCUCUUCACCCCUAAAUGCAGAUCUCUUUAGUCACAAGGGAGAACUUGCUCUUUCAACUGUGUAUUGCCCCCAGUCAUCUUUACCAGUCUCUUCCAUUCCUGAAAAGGAGAAUCCCCUCUUCAGGCCAAACCUAAUUCCAGUGACUACCGCUUCCAACAUUCCAUGUACAAAACGGGAACCCUUGACAAGCAAGGAAAACACAUGGCUACAUCCUCCCAUCUUCAUGGCUGACCGGCAGUUUUUUAUCAGCCCAGAAGACAGUGAGAGAUGGAAGAAAGGACACCUAAGCAAAACUGAUGAAAGGCCUGUGAAGUCAGAAGCAAGUAUAAGUGCCACUGAUGUCCCUCCACAGAGCCUGAAAGAUCUUGCCAAUAUGAGUGAUAACCCAGCUAUUUGGCCAUCAGAGAGGAUGCACAGGAAAACUGACUUUGAGAAUGAACUUCAGCAGAUGUCUAGGCUCUCAAGUGAACUGUUUCCUCUAGAUGAGGCCUCAGCCCUGGAUCCGAGUGCACAGAUCGGUUUCAGAAAGGUCCUGGAGCAUACCUUAGAGGAUGAAGCAAUUAUUGAAACACUGCUGGAUAUGGAAGAGGAUUACAAACCAAACAGCUCCACCUUGCAGCAGCUGCAGUAGAAAGGCUGGUGUGAGGUGUGAGCUAUUUAAAAUUUGAUAAUUAAUGCUUCUGAACCAUGGAAACUUAGGCAAAUAAUCCUUUCUGUUGCACUAUUAAAGUGAUUUACAAUAGUGUGGCGUUAUAGUGUUUUCCCCAGAGGCUAAUGAACACUGAACAUUGUCUAGGCCUGGAUCAGAAGAUACUGCCCUUACGAUAUUGUCUUCCUGUCUUUCGAGGAACAACUUAUCCAUAAUGUGUGUGACAAGGGGUAACUGAUUAUAUAGUCUUGGUACCCCACUACAUUUGUCAAGCAAUGGGAUGGUACAAAUCCAACUAUUAUAGCAAAACUGCCUUAAAGUUCAAGCUUUUAGCUGCCUUAUAUUGUAAAGCUAUUCAAGAAAGAAUGCUUGCAAAGACAGGAUGGGAUAUUGUGAACAUGAUUUUAGAAGUAAGUAACUACGAAGUGAACAUUUAAAGUUA